AUCUGGCCUACGCUUCAUCACCUGAUAAUAUAUUACAGAACAACGUUGCUUUUGGAAUAAGGUAAUAUUUGAGUACGGUUUUAAAAUACAAGUAUAGUGUUUGCUGGAGUUCCUGUGAGGGUUGCGAGGAUGAAGGCCAAAAUGUUCCUGAUUGGUUCUCUGUGGUUGUCUCUUUGCUGCUUGCUUCAAGCUCAACCAGAGAAGAUUGGUGAUCCACUGGACAUGGCUGUAAACUCUGUUGAUGACAUGUACUCUACCUGUGCUGCACAGAUGGAAGCAAAGGUCAAGAAGACGUACUUUGAAAGGGAAAUGAAAAAUAAUGUAUUCAGCAAGGCAUGGAACGCGGCAAAAAAUUGUGCAGAUAGAAAUAUGAAACACAAAGAACCAGGAGAUGAAGCUCUAACAAAAGAUCACAUGCAAGCAAUUUGUGUUUACACAGCUGGAGGACCAGCAGACUUCUUUAAGGCAUUCAAUGACGCAGUCCGGACCAAUAGACAACAAUAUAGUUCAUCUUUUCCAUUCCACUCUUUGCAUUUCUGGCUGACCAGAGCGAUACAGAUCCUCAACCAUAAUAAAUGCUACACAACUUUCCGUAGAACCACAUGCACGUUAACAGGUGAAAUCAACCAAGAAAUUCGAUUUGGUUCUUUUGCCUCCUCCUCCAAAUUAUCAACUCUGACAAAGUUUGGUAAGACAACAUGCUUUAAAAUUACAACAUGCUAUGGAGGUUAUCUGAAAAAAUACGCAGUGCUUGGAGAUCAUGAGCAGGAGGUGCUCAUUCCACCUUAUGAGACGUUCAAGAUAAUCAGCAAAGAUAAACCUCUUGAACUUAGCGACUGUAAGACUGUCUAUGUUCUGAAACCUACUGGUGUUCAAAGCAAUCUUAACUGCCAAGUUGCAAACCAAAUCAUUUUGUGAUUGUCUUUCUUCACACAUAUAAAUUUAGAACAGUUUCAUCUUGUUCUAAAUUUACACAUGACUGAUCUUUAAAGAGAAAGUUCAGAUUGAACUUUGUGAGGAAGUUUAUCCUAACUUCCUCACUUGGGAUAAACAUGCAGACAUUUAGUCUGUAGCAUAAAGCUAAUGGCGAACUUCUCUAUGCUGCUUAGAAACAUUUAACUGCUGCAAGCUAAAGCUUAGAAAACAGGUUUAAAACCAUCGUUUUGCUAAUGUGAAAGUAUUUCUGCUGGAAGAAAAUACUGUUAUUUUUCUUAAUUCUGUGCAACUUCAAUAAAUACAUUAUUAUGUAAAUAUGCAUUAUAUUUCUUUAAUGAAUGUCAGCAUUGUGCACGUAUUAAAUUAUACAAUAGAAGAAGGAUUGUGUGUGUAUUGUUUGCAUAAUAGUAGAUGAAUGAAUUAAUAUAAGUCACUGCGGCCUGUGACUUUAAAUAAAAAGAUGACUGAU